ACUGAACUUGUGCGUGGUUGAAUUGUGCCAUAAUGUUUACUGUGGUUUCAUAUAGUCAGCUUACAAGCCAGCGCUGAUUUGUUUCUGUGAACUCCUCUUGUGUUGUUGCGCACACUUAUGGGUGGUUGGAUAACUGUGGAGAGAAAAAAAUAGGUUGUAAUGGAGGUGACGUAAAUGUUAUGCAGUAGUCCGGUUUUGGUGCAGUUGUGGCGCCACGUUAUAAAAGAUUGCUUCCUUCGCUUUUCACUGUUUAGCUUAUAUAUAUGAACUCUAUUGUUGUUGUUGAUGUUGUUGUUGUUGUUAUUAUUAUUAUUAUAUAGGCUAUGUCAAAAUGCAAAUUUUUGAUACAACGAAGGCAUUAAAAUUGAAUUUAAUGCUUUACUUUCUCAUUAUUUUUUAAAAUAAUUGUUUUGUUGGAUUCCAAGUGUGUAAUACACAUUUAUUGAGAUUUGUCAGUUGGUUACCACAUAUUUAUAAAUACGACGAAAGUAAUUUAAUGUACGUUUUUCUUUUGCAUUUAACCUGCAAAUUAUUGUUACUUAUUUACACCUGUUGUGUAGUGCGCUUCGUCGUGAAAAACAGUGCAGCCCACCGUUUAUUUUUAGAGAGAAAUGUGUCCAAACGAAAACAUCAGUUAGUCGAUACACAAUCAUUCUGGACAUAAUACUGAAAUUUGUAAUAAGCAGGUUUUCUGGGGUUUUUUGACCAGCUCUCUAGCGCCCCCAAGCAAAAGAAACGGUCAAUCUGGCCUUGAACCAUACUUUUUACUACUAAUUAUUAUCCCUAAAAAAGUGGCUGUUUAGAUUGAUCAGAAAAUAAUAAUAAUUAUAAUAAUAAUAAUAAAAUACAAAGGGACAAAAGUCAUGUUCAUUAAAGCCUGCAUUAAAUUGUCUGUAUGAACAACAGCAAAUAUAUAAAAUUUUAUGUGCACGUUAUAAAGCUGAACAAAAUAGAUACACAAUUUGUCGCUGUUUUAUCCAGUCAUACUAUUUCAGUUAAAUAACUUGAAAGUUGCAUUUUUUUAAAGUUUAAAGUCAAACCUCAAUCAGUUAAAUAUAUCUGUACAAUAAAAAAAAAAGAAAAAAAAAAAGAUAAGGCUAAUCAUAAUCCAGAUAUUUUGCAGUAAACGUUUGAAGAAAAUCAGAUAUUUCAUUCGUUUAUAACUGUUGGUAAUUCCCUUUUAAGUAAAAAAUAUUUCUAAAAAUAACUAAUUCAUUAAAUUUUCGAUUAAUAAAAAUAACCAUUUCAAUCGACUAUUCUGCAUGUACAAAAAAAAAAAAAACUUAAAAUUUGUGGGGUGGGGAGAGAAAUAAUUAAAACGGCUCAUAUCACAGAAACCCCUAUGUGCAUGCAAAUUAUUAUCUGUAAAAAAAUGCACAAGUAGAUAUUUUCAUUUUAAAUCAGAGGUCAAGACAAUUGGUGACCGUCUCGUUGUUUUUUUCAUCUGUAACUCGGCUUUGACCCGCCUGAGCAAGUCGCAAAGCAAGGUGAAACACGGGUCACGCUGUCUAAAAAAUAAAUAAAUAAAAUAAAAUACGUAUUUUAUGACUGGCUUUGUAAAAAUCAAAACACUCAAAAAAAUAAAUAAUAAUAAUAAUAAUUAAUCCUUUUAGAAAAUGUAAUAUCAAGAAUGAAUGGCCUGCAUGAUUUCGAAAGUAUUGUUAUCUCUUUUAAAUCGCGUGCCUUUUUUCCCAAAAAGCUAACACAGUUAAAACACAGUUAAGAUACAGCUUGUCAAAUUAAACAAGUUAUGUAUUUGAACGGAAAUGUAUAAGAUUUUUUAUAGAUGUUUUAUAUAUGUAUGUGUUUUUAUGUUUUAUUUAUUUGAUUAUUUAUUAUGAAAAGAAUGGCAAAUCCCUAUAUAGGAAAAUAAAUUGAACAUCACUGUUAAACAAAUUUAGAUGUAACGACAAAAAUUGGUAUAGGCCUAAAUAUUUUUAAAUGUUGAGAGUUCUUGAUCCUAACAUUUUUAAUAGAUCCGUGGUUUUGGAGUAUUGCUCUGGUGACCGGGAGCUAAGGGCCACAGGAGCUACUUAUCAGAGGAGGUCGUGUAUUAUCCAUGAACUAUCCUCCUUUUCCGCUACCGCUGUCGCCUUGCAAAAAAUAAUGAAACUUUGUGAUGUGUGUUGUAAAUGAUUCGGCUUGACCUCCCGACCUUUAGCCUUCCUCUAUGUGCUUCUUCACGUAUCCAAACUGCACACGGGUUUAAGGCCACCUGAUCAAUUUGACUGCCAUGACAGCAUCUCAAAGUGAGUAGGAUUUAGCACAAAGCCUUCAGUCCUAUGCCUGGGUGAAUGUAAUAUGUUGUGUUGUAUAGAGAAUGAAAGAUUUUUAUUAGUGAGAUUAGUCACCUUUUAUUAAAUAAAUUGAAAUUGAGCUGCGGGCCUCUAUUUAAAGAGUGCUCCCCCCGUUAAACAUCUGUAUUAUCAAAAUUAAAAUUAAGCCAAACUUGAUUGUAAUCUUAUAAAUGAAUUAUACUUAAUGAAAAACUUGAAUUUUUGAGUCAGAACGGUUGUAAUAACCGGAUUCAUUGUAUGUUAAAUUUUAAUACAUUUUUUUUUUCGAAGAUGUUUUGUCAGUUGUGCGAAUCCAUGUCGUCGUCUAUAUAUACCCUGUAGAACCGAAUUUGUGUGGAAAACAAUGACAGUCACAGAUUCGAUUCUAGGGGAGUAUAUGGUCGACGCAAGAACUUCGAAUAAAACCACUUGCGUACAAUGGAGGAUAUGAAAUGAUAAGCAUAUAAUUACAUAACUGCAUAAUAUGAUUAUAUGAUUCUGAUUACUUGAACUGUCACGAGAUGCUUUGAUCAGUCGUGUCAACAGUGCUGUGUACUGCUGUUUUCACUAAAAUAUGUCAAAAUAUUUAAUCUUUUAUAUAGAAUUCAAAUCGCAAUGUGUGCCUACAAAACAGGAUAGAGAGCAAAUAUUAAUAUUAAAUAUAUUAAUAUAUAUAUGCAUGUUGUAUAAAUGUUGACCAAGUAUGCACACCCAUUGCAUCCCUGGACUUACCUUAUGAACUCCCAAGUGGCUAUUCUCUUUUAUGUGGCGUUUGAUUAUUGAUUGGCACGGCGCAUUGAUGGCGAACCAGGGCGCUCUAUACAGCGAGCUGAAAGGAUGAGAAGCGCUGGAACGAUGAGACUCCAGUAACUUCUGAGUGACCUCUACAUGACAAAGACGGUCUCCAUCAAUUGUCUGCUGGCUUUAUGUGACUCUUUUUGUGCCUUGGGCCGUUUUUUAUCUUUUGUCUUGUUUUGUUUUUACCAGUCAAAAUCACUGGGUUGGGUUUAAUUUAGCUUGGUUGAAUAUUAAUUUACCUAUUGGGCCACAUACAUGUGAUGCAAAUACAUGUUUUAUAAAAUAUCACGAAAUGUGCAGUAAGCAGGGAUCCUCACAUGUGAUGAUGGCCAUUAGCAACUGUGUCUUAAUACACAACACACACUUUAUUUCAUUUAUUUAUUUUAUUUAUUUAUUUUUUACACAGACCGGGUAUUUAAUCAAUUUAGUUUUAUAUUAUAUCGUCACUGUCCUAAUUAAGAGAUAAUGUGACGUUUGUGAAAUCAACUACUAGGUGUGCACAGCUUCUUCUCGGUUGAUGAAGUCCCUCCACCUCGAUUGGCCGAGCUGGUCACAUGGUAGCCUAACUUUAUUCAGUUGACAGCAAGUAGGAGGGCUUUAUGGAGGGAGGAAAAAAAGACAACUCGAAAAAAAUUAGUAUUUCCUACCUUCAGAAAUUAAUGGCCAUGAGUUCGUACAUGGUGAACUCCAAGUAUGUGGAUCCAAAAUUUCCUCCUUGUGAGGAAUAUUCUCAGAACAGCUAUAUACCUGAACAGAGCCCAGGCUACUACAGUCCGUCGCAGGGCACUGAUUUCCAGCAUCCCGGAAUCUAUUCACGGUCAAACUACUCUGAACAGCCUUACAGUUGUAACACUGUCCAGGGCUCGUCGGUGCAGCCGCGGGGUCAUGUGAAGGAUCAAGCCAGCCACCCUAGCCCUUAUCCCGCACAGACAGAGCAGUGUCCUGCGGUCCAGAUCUCCGGACCGAGGACUUGUGGACAACAACAAAACACAAAGAGCCAGAACGGGAUACCAGCCAAGCAGCCUGCUGUAGUUUAUCCAUGGAUGAAGAAAGUGCACGUUACUACAGUGAAUCCGGAUUACACAGGACCGGAACUCAAACGUUCUCGGACAGCCUACACAAGACAGCAAGCUCUCGAACUAGAAAAGGAGUUUCAUUUUAACAGAUAUCUAACAAGACGGCGUCGCAUUGAAAUCGCGCAUACCCUCUGUCUCUCUGAGCGACAGAUUAAAAUCUGGUUUCAGAACAGAAGAAUGAAAUGGAAAAAGGAUCACAAACUUCCUAACACGAAAGGGAGAUCGGCGUCAGCUGGAAAUCAGCAUGCACAACACGCUCAAAAGGACAACCAGACAGAGCUCACAACUUUAUAAGCGGAUAUCUCUCCCUCCCGCCAGAUGUACAGAUGAACUGUAUGUAAUAGACAAUGCUUCUUUGACAUUGCAUGGUAGUAAAUCAUGACACGUUGGGUACAAGUGCCAAAAACUGAGAACCAUAAGCACACGCCACGACUAAAUGCAGCAUAAAAGCUGCAAUAGGUUAAAAACUCAAAUUUCAAUUUUUCCGCUAUUGUAAUCCUUUGUAGCUGAGGCAAAAAGAAUAUAAGGCGUCGAAUGAUGGUUCAAGUGCCACCACGAGGUACAAUAAAACGUUAGAAAACUCACGCUAUUCUACACAAACUUCCCAAAUUUGUUUCAGAGCAUGGUUCGUUUUAAUGACACUAUUCACACCUUUUUUUCUAUCUCUGUACAUCACCAGUUUUUUAAACGCAUUAUGGCAAGUUUACGCCUUUGGCGAGUCAAUUUAUCUUAACUUAAUCAUUAAAGAGAACUUAAGUCAUGUCCAGCAUAGAGUAAAUUACGAUUUUUUUGUGCUUCAGUUUACUGGGUGCAAGUAAUAAAAACAAAAUAAAAUUAGUUAAUAAUAAGGAAAAAAUCGUUGCCUGAGAAAUUAUUUAUUUGUAGACUGAAAAGCUGAAGAAAUUUCCUUCUGAACCUCGUUUACUGUGCGCGCCUCAUUAAUGGUUUACUAUAUUUCAGUCAAGCAAUUUCAUUUUGUUUAAUAAGAAUUUCGUUAUAGACGUUUUACAUUUGUUUACUGCAGCUUUUAAAAAUGUCCUAUUUAAUCGAGAACAAUUUCUCUUUUUGACACGAAUAUUCCAUGCCUUUAUACUCCACUAUAAACCUCGCCCGUCAUAUUUGUAAACAAUUUAGCUACAGUUGCAGGAGCAGUAUUUUUGUCUUCCAUAUGUUACCUGAAAUUCUUGAAAAGCAGCUUUUUAUUUUGCAUUUUAGAUACUCGUUUAUCCCUCAAGAUGUUUGAACCUUCUAUUUAUUAAAAUGUAAUGUUAAAAGCUUUAUGUUCUACGUGAACGUAAUUAUCCGUUCAAUAAUUAUCAAAUUCAGUUUUGACUUUUUGAGUUCUUAAAUAUAUAUGUAUAUAUUUCUGUAUAUUGUGCAUAUUUUCUACAGGCAUAUUUUGCAGUAAUUAAAUAAAUAUUAUGCAGAGAGGUUUCACUCAAACUGCGUCAUAUUGUGUAGAAUCUAGAAACUCUUAGAAAAAGAAAACACGUUUUAUCAAGCACUUUCAUACACAUUAUGUUAUUUUUGAAAAGCAAUUGGUGUUAAAUCUGAAAUGGUUUUCCAGCAGUGAUUAAACUUAGACGCUCUGCUAUCAUUGUGGUGUCUUUGUCUCCUUGAACAAAAACACGAGGCGUACAUGCAUUGCGAAGGAGUCUUCACACAGAAGCCUUCACGUUGAGAGCAUGAAAAGGUAUUUUUACAGAAGUUCAACAAAAGCCUUGCGGGCAGGUUCAUCCAGAGGACAGAUUCUGUUGCAUUUGACGCUUCUUGAGCCGCGAGCACUGACCUCUAUACUCCUGACCUGAUGGACCUUCACCCGGUUCUAUCAGAAGCUUUUUGCACACAGAUGCUCCAAAAAUGUGUGCUUGUGCAGAAGGGGUGCCUUUUUUUUAUCUGAAAUAAAUAUUUGUUCUGUAUUAAUAUUUGCUUGCUUACACCCUGAUUAUUUGCCACGUAGUGCAACUUUGAUGAAUUUGUACUUCAUCAGUUUCUGCCCGAGUCCUGCAGUUUAAAAUCAUGGUUAUGCUGUAAUGAUUACGAUAACUUUGACAUUACAAAUCAUAAAUAAACCUCCAUGUGUUUUUCUUCAUCAAGCAAAAUAUCAUGUCAAAGCAUGAUAUCCGUGUAUUAUUAUUAUUUUUUAAAAAGAGCCCUCAAAGAGUAUUAUAAGCAAUCAUUACUAAGGUUAUGGCUAUAUAGCAACAGAGUUUGUAUUAUUUAAAUAUUAAACUACAUUUUCUAAAUGUAUCAAAACAGGUUUUAAUAGUUUUCUUGCUUUUGUUCUCAGUGUGCCAAAAAAAUGUUGUCCAUCAGCACUGAAAAUGUUUGUGCUUGGUGUGUGUGUGUGUGUGUGUGUACCUACUGAACCAUAUUUUUGGGAAAACUAUACCCAUAAGUGAGGUUAACAUGACAAAUUCUCCCAAAACCCCCUUUUGUAUGCGUCCUCAUUUGUAAAAACAGUAAGCGUAUAAAAAUAGUAAAUAUAGGCUUUUUAAACUGUACAAAUGCUGAACAUUUUCUGUUGGGUUUAGGUUAUAGUUUUUAUAACUAGCUCUAUAUAAAAACAGUAGAAGUCUAUAUAUGCAAUGUCCAUAUUUAGCCAAGUACACUUGCGUGUGAGAGACAACAUACUACUAAUACUACUACUAAUAAUAUUUUCACUUUUUUUGUGAGUAAAUGUGUGUAAAUAUGCUGUGUGUGUGUGUGUGUGUGUGUGUGUGUGUGUGUGUGUGUGUGUGUGUGUGUGUGUGUGUGUGUGUGUGUGUGUGAUUUAAUGUUACCAAUCCUUUGGCAAUGUAAAUACUUUUUUCUGUCAAUAAAAGCUACUUGAAUCAGAGAGAGAGAGAGAGAGAGAGAGAGAGAGAGAGAGAGAGAGAGAGAGAUUAUAAGAACUGCAAUACACACCUCCAGGGAGGUCCAAAUGCAAAGUUUAUUUCAGGCGAAGCAUCUACAAACAUCUACCUUACAAACAUGCAUGUGGAGUAGUUCUCUGAUACUGUUUUUCAUCAGUUGCAUUACUGAAAAUGAGAUUUAUAUAUUGCAUAUGCAUGGUCAAUUGUAUACCGUUCCCACACAGAGAUCUUAAAUGUAUGCAUGUGUGUGUGUGUAUCUAUAUACACGUGUGUCAAUAUCUAUUCCAAAUAUCUAUUUUUGCUCAAUAAGCCUUGUGCAUAGUGAAAACACGCCACGCAGGGGAUCUCUCCGUCUCUUUGCCUCCAGUAAGGCAUUCUGAAUAUUGACCUGGAUGUCUGAACACAAUAAAUGAGAGCCAUACGCAGUUCCAUUUGCAAUGACACUGCACCGACUAGGCUACUACCGCCGCUCUCACAAUGCUUCUCAAACGGCCAUUUUUGAUUUCCAGCUGUUCAGUGAAAAUGUCUUCGCCCAUCGAGACAACCCGUUAAGAUAAAUCAAACUGCGCUGUCGACAUCCCAAGAUAGAAUUCGGUAUAUGGUUCCGUUCUAUAUCUUUUUUGUUUGACCACGUGAUUGUCUAAAUAAUUAAUGCAGCACGUCCCCUAGAAACACGGCGUCGUCAUUAAUCGCGAGGACUCUAUCAGACUUGAGAACUGAAGAGAUCCAAGAAAAUAAUAUCCAAACGGUCCUGUAUCUCACACCACCGCAACCUGCACAUCCGUACAGCUUUUCAGCCAAUGGAGCAUCGGUAGGUGAACAUUUAAGAUUAAUAUUUGCACCGAGACAGCGGAUAAACAUAUCUGUCAGGAUUUUGAUAAAUAGUGUCCUUUGAUUCGGUCUUCGCGGACAGACUGAAACAACUUCAGGCUCAUUGUGAUUUUUUGCUUAAAUAGCUUCAGCAUGAAGCUCUCCCAAUCUAUACCUUUAUCAAUAAAAAAUAAAACUGUUAAGUAACACUACUUUUAUUUUUUAAGGCAAACUUUACUGUAAUUAUUUUCUCAUGUAAUGUAAUGUUUUAUUGAUGCAUUUGUGUAUGAAAUAUGUGAAGUCCAGUUCGAUGUGUUUAUUGCUUAGCCGCCAGGACUUUAACGAAGGCCUCUUUGUGAUUUAUAAUCCCUCAGACAUGCUGUUCUUUCCCGAUUAGUGGCGACUAUUUGUGGAGACGUACGUGUUUGGUUAGAUAAAAAGAACACAGGCUAAAAUUCAUCGUAGAGGUCUAUCUGGAAAAUCAUCACAUAGUUACUGACGCAAGUAUUGCUUGAAUAACUGCAUGUAGGAUCAUGACAAUUUUACAACAGUUGUGGAAACACUAACAAAACAGCAUAAGAAGCUACAAAAAAAAAAAAAAAAAACAAUGGCAUCGAUCCAAAAACAAUACAUUUCAUUGAUGUCAAAAACCCCACAAUACCCACUCGUUCAGUAAUGGAGCGUUAUGAUCGUGGAUCUAUCCAUAAAGUGUUUGGAACUGUUGUAGAGGGAUGACGGUGAUCUGCAUCGUUGUAAAUCAUGCUCAGUAAUUCCUGAAAGGGUGAGAGGCUGUUGGGGGCCGGGCGUGGACUGUAAAUCUUUCACUUUUAUUAGCCCGUGAACAUAUGCUGCAAGGGGAGACGACUCGCAUCCUCUCCUCAGGACAAUCCUGUGCUCGGCCGCGUUCCCAACCGUUUCAUCUCCAUCUUACCAUCCAGCUACAUAUCCAUACAGCACAGCCAUAGAGCAAGCAUUCUGAUUCAGAUUGCAUGUAACAUAAUCAUCUUGCAUUUAACCUCUCAAAUUGUCUUUUGGUCAAUUCUGAAAAAAAUGGAAAACAUAGAAUGUAUUUUAAUGCACAACUAGUAAAAAUCCAAACACUGAAAGGUACCCACUUUUAAAUUUCAUGCUCACAUAUGGAUCCAUACACACUCUUGCUUUUUGAGAAGAACAAUAUAGAAUUUGGGAUGAUUUUGAUGAAUCUCUUUGGUUGAGGAGGUCAUACAUUGCUGUCAUUGCCUAAACCAUAAUAGUCAAACAAUAUUUCAGUGGUUUCUUGCAGCUUAUAAUAAACGGAUUUCUGUUCAAAACAGCGAGAAAAAAACAAUAACUAUAUAUCGGAUAAUGUUCAUCUUAAAUAAAACUAAAAAAUCCAUAAUGAUGUUGCUUUCUAUAAUGGUGUGAUCCGCGGGCCUAUAUUACACUGCGUUACAUUUAAAAAUGAUAAUAAAAAAGAUGAUAUAAAAAAGUGCAAUUUUGUAAGACAUUUGGAUGUGAAGAAAAUCAAAUCAAAUAUUUAAAAGAUUAUGUAAUUAUUUGUCUUUAAAAUAAAGACAGCGUAGUGCUAACAAUAAUAUUUUUUUGUGCUUCAUUUGAACGUUUUUAUUAUUAUUAUGACUGGGUUUCAACGCCAUAAUAAAUAGCAAUGUAGCUUUUGUCUUAAUGAUACACUCCGAUACAGUGGCUGAGGAAGGAGCGAGUUCUUAUGCAAAAUGAUUGUACAGUGAUGUGAGGCUGGAGGGAAUGUUAGUGCUCUUGCUUUCAAAAUGUAUUUGUGAGGUGAAGCUGGUUGGACUAGCAGUCUCAAUCAGGACAAUCUGCGAUCCGGAUCACGUGAACAAAUAUGCUUGUAUUUUAAGGGAGCGCCUUUAUUUGUCAUGAUAAGGUUUCCGAAAUAUACUAAUGUCGACUCAUUCGCGAGCUUUCAUCUGUAAAACGUUCACUUUUUUUUCAAAUGGGAAGUUGAUUGGAAGUAAUAUUCCGUUUUGGAAUAAGAAGAACUUCUUCGCUUUUUAUUGGUAGCUGAGUGAGUGGCUCCCAUUCUUUCGGGAAUACUGUCUGCAUUGGUAGCUAUAUGGAAAUGCCUGGAAAAGCGCGAGAUCAGUUUUAAGACAGUACUGUAUAGACAAAGGGUGAAGGAUAUAUCCGAGCAGCCAAACUGAGAAAUAUUGAGACUAAGAAGCACGGCUAUAUAAUAAAUUGACAUCACAGGUCGCCCUCUAAAUUAUGAAGAUCGCUUGAGGAGAAACAGAGGA